GUGACAAUUUUAUAUUUUGGUAGUGGACAAAUAAAGUGCGUUCCUUCCUCCCUUCCACACCAAGCCAAUCUUCCACCACCCUAACUGCAAUCUAGCCACCCACCAACCAGUCUUACCCCUUCAUCUCAUCGUCGUCUUGUGUCUGUUAUCACUCUGGUUUCUGAAGCUCAGCCAGAGCCCAAUCAAACAUGACACAAGAUGGUGAAUGUGGAUCCAAUGAAGCUAGUAGUGUCUCAGCUUAUGAUGAAGCAAUGGACGCUUUAUCGUCUCUGAUUACUCAGAAAAGUCGUGCUGAUACGAGCAACAGCGGCCAUAGAUUUGAGCUACUCUUCGAUUACGUCAAGAUUCUGGAUUUGGAGGAGUCAAUUUCAAAGAUGAAGAUCAUCCACGUAGCAGGCACAAAAGGAAAGGGAUCAACAUGCACAUUUACUGAAGCAAUACUACGCAAUUGUGGGUUUAGAACAGGGCUUUUCACAUCUCCUCACCUUAUUGAUGUUAGAGAAAGAUUUCGGCUGGAUGGAGUGGACAUAUCUGAAGAGAAGUUUUUGGCAUACUUCUGGUGGUGUUGGGAUAGACUGAAGGAGAAAUGCAAUGAUGAUAUGGAUAUACCAAUGCCAAAUCUAUUCCGUUUUCUUGCUUUACUUGGUUUCAAGAUUUUUGCAGCAGAACAAGUGGAUGUUGCCAUUAUGGAGGUUGGACUAGGUGGAAAAUUUGAUGCAACAAAUGUGGUUCAAAACCCCAUUGUAUGUGGUAUUUCAUCUCUAGGGUAUGACCACACUGAAAUCCUAGGAGAUACUCUUGCACUAAUAGCAGGGGAAAAAGCUGGCAUCUUUAAGAAAGGUGUUCCUGCAUUUACUGUUCCACAACCAGAUGAAGCUAUGGAAGUACUUAUAGAAAAGGCUUCACAGCUGGAUGUACCACUUGAAGUAGCAAAUCCAUUGGAUGUUAAGUUGUUGAAUGGAUUAGAUCUUGGGCUUGUAGGCGAUCACCAAUAUUUAAAUGCUGGACUUGCCAUCAAGUUAUGUUCAACGUGGCUCCAAAGAACCGGUCAUCUGGAAUUCGAUUCCAUUGACCAGACUAGUUCACUCCCUCAACAAUUCAUCAAAGGGCUGACAACCGCAGCCCUACAAGGACGGGCCCAGAUCAUGCGGGACCCGUCACUUGAUAUCGAGAAUCCAGGAUCUAUCGUGUUUUAUUUGGAUGGGGCCCACAGCCCUGAAAGCAUGGAAGCUUGUGGAAAUUGGUUUUCUCUUGCAAUCAAAGAACCUAAUUUGUUGAAAAAUAAUAAUUCUGAAAUUGUCCCUAUCAAUCCUAAUGAAAACUCAGCACAGAUAUUAUUGUUCAAUUGUAUGUCAGUGAGGGACCCACAGUUGCUACUUCCUCGGCUAUUAAAAACAUGUGUUGGUCAUGGUAUCAAUUUCAAUAAGGCGCUAUUUGUCCCAAAUAUGUCGCUUUACACCAAAGUGGGGUCCACCACCUCUUCAUUCCCACAAACCGAAUCUCUAGUGGAUGUGUCAUGGCAGUUAACACUUCAAAGGGUGUGGGAGAAUAUUGUAUCUAGUGACAGAGGGAAUAGUAGUAAUGUAGAUAAUGCGGAGUAUAGUGAAAUAAGUGUCGUUAAAAGCUGUGAAAAUAGUGUGGUGUUUGCAUCUCUUCCGUUGGCUAUUAAGUGGUUAAGAGACACUGCUAAACACAAUAAAUCUGUUCGACUCAAGGUUCUUGUAACUGGUUCAUUGCAUUUGGUGGGUGACGUCAUUAAAUUACUCAAGAAAUAGCUUUUGUUGUCUCCUUAUGUUUAAUUCUAACAAACUUGGGAAAUUACUAGAGAAAAAAAAAAUACACAGCAAAAGGACGAUUUUGAAAGUUAUUAUGUAUGUCAUGUAUAAGAUGGGUUUUUUUUUUAUUGGUAGUUUGUGUUCUUGUUGGUUUUGACUUUGAAUUGUUGUUGUAAGUUGUAAGAUUAAAUUUGAAUUGUUACUGUAACAUUUGAUUUUGAAUGAACCGAAAGGAAUUUGGUUGGCAAAAAAAAAAAAA